AACCCACGUAAAACUGUAGGUCCCUCCGCUAUACGGAUGUACUUCUUCCUCUGUCCUUCUUUGAACCAAUAAAAAACACAAAAAAAACCCUUUUUACUCUGACUGUCCUUCACUCCUCUUUCACAUCCUGAUAAUGCAGGCUCUGGAUAGUCUGGCCCCUAACUUGUGCGUGGUUUGGCCUGGUGUUUUGGGUGCGUGGGCGGAGUCCGUUGCCGUGGCUGUUUUGGGCUUGGCUUGCUCGGUUGGUUACGGACUCUCCUGCUUUCCCCGAUAAGGACCUUGUCUCCCUUGCCAUCUUAGAAUGAAUAUAACACGUUUAAAAAAAAAAAAAAAAAAAAAAAAAAAUAUGUCCUUCCUAAUUCAAAUUGCGCCUGGGUUAAGCCCCAGUGACUAUUUCUCCUAUUAAAAUUCCCUUCUUAUCACCCCCCUAUUCUUCCCACUAUCCCCACUUCUCCCUCCCCAUCUUUUCUCUCUUUGUUAUGUUAUGUUAUAUUUUGAGGCACAUUCGUGAGCUUCCUGUUAGACCGUUCGGACGUCGUACUAGCAGCUCUCAUCACCAUGACUGGCCGCGGCAAGGGAGGCAAGGGUCUUGGAAAGGGAGGCGCCAAGCGUCACCGUAAGGUUCUGCGUGAUAACAUCCAGGGAAUCACCAAGCCUGCUAUCCGUCGUCUAGCUCGCCGAGGUGGCGUCAAGCGCAUCUCUGGUCUCAUCUACGAGGAGACUCGUGGGGUGCUCAAGGUGUUCCUUAAGAACGUUAUCAGGGAUGCUGUCACCUAUACCGAGCACGCCAAGCGUAAGACCGUUACUGCCAUGGACGUUGUCUACGCCCUCAAGCGUCAGGGCCGUACCCUGUACGGAUUUGGUGGUUAAAUCGCUCCAUUAUUGAGAUGGUGCCAGCUAUUCAGCUUGCAUUAUCAUCAUUGAAUAACAUCAUCUCCCGGACCUUUUUAAGGUCCACAAACAUGAAAAGAA